UCUCUUAUCCUAGACAAUCUCAAAAGUCAUAUAAACAAAUGUUCUUAACUAUACAAAUUCAACAAAAUGAAUCCUUUUCCUCUUCAAAAACAUAAUACUACCACCAUUUUUACCACCUCUCAUUCUUGCAUAUCUGAAUUUUCCUCUUCUUCUUCAUUGUAUCUUUUGAUGUUAUUAAUGAAAAGUAGCUAGUAUCUAUAGCUAGAACGAAAAACAAAGAUUGAGAUUGUGAAAAUCUUUAAAGUGCAAUCUGUCUUACGUUAGUCCCACGCUACUGCUGACGCUCCUGCUCUUGUUCUUGGUACUUUUGCUCCUGCCACAAAGAUUUUGUUCCCUUUUCCCUAAGUGUCACCUCAAAAUUUUCAAAAACGUAAUAUUUAUACCAACUUUCAAUAGUUUCCACAUAUAUAUAUUUAGUACUCCUAUCUAACUAAAUAACAUAUCCCUCACACCAUUUUCCUUAAUCUUCACUUUGCUAUACUCUUUGUAUAGAAGCAAAAGCCUUCCUCUUUACCUAUGGCUACUAAACUUUUGUUGACACUUGCUAUAUGUCGGCUUAUUGUAACCGUCGGGUUUAGGUUUGACCCGACUGAGCUUUUACGGCUCGGGCUCAACGGAAACCUCAGCGUGGAGGUAGCCGAUUUAGAAACCGCCUCCGUGGACUUCGGCGGGUUGCAUAGAGCCGAGCCGAUGGCAGUUCUUAACCCGGCUACAGCCGAGGACAUAGCGCGGCUUGUGAAAGCUGCGUACGACUCGGCUCAUGGGUUUACCGUGUCGGCUAGAGGACACGGACAUUCUAUAAAUGGACAGGCUAUGACAACAAAUGGUGUUGUGAUUCAAAUGAGCGGCGGCUCUAACUCUAAGCAGAAGUUAUUGACCAAGGUUUCGGAGAAAUUCAUGUAUGCUGAUGUGUGGGGUGGAGAGUUAUGGAUAGAUGUGUUGACGUCCACCUUAGAGUAUGGACUUGCACCAAAAUCAUGGACUGAUUACUUGUACUUAUCUGUGGGUGGUACUCUCUCCAAUGCUGGUAUUAGUGGACAAGCUUUCAAUCAUGGCCCUCAAAUUAACAAUGUUCAUGAGCUUGAUGUUGUUACAGGUAAGGGUGAGCUAUUAACAUGUUCAGAAAAAGAAAAUUCCGAGCUGUUUCAUGCUGCUCUUGGUGGAUUAGGACAAUUUGGGAUCAUAACAAGGGCAAGAAUUGCACUUGAACAAGCUCCCCAAAGGGUGAGGUGGAUUCGGGUUUUAUAUUCAAAUUUUUCAACAUUUACCGAAGACCAAGAAUAUCUAAUAUCUCUACAGGGAAAACCAGCUUCCCAAAAAUUUGACUAUGUUGAAGGAUUUGUUAUAGUUGAUGAAGGCCUCAUCAACAACUGGAGAUCUUCUUUUUUCUCCCCAAGUAACCCUGUCAAGAUUUCUUCUCUUAAGUCUGAAGGAGGAGUUUUAUAUUGCUUAGAAAUCACCAAAAAUUAUCACCUUUCAAAUGCUGAUAUCGUUGAUCAGGAGAUAGAGACUUUGUUAAAAAAGCUAAAAUAUAUACCAGCAUCAGUUUUCACAACAGACCUUCCCUACGUGGAUUUCUUGGACCGGGUUCACAAGGCAGAGCUGAAACUCCGGUCUAAAGGAUUGUGGGAAGUGCCACACCCAUGGCUAAACCUAUUUGUGCCAAAAUCAAGAAUUGCAGACUUCGAUAAAGGAGUUUUUAAGGGCAUUUUGGGGAAUAAGACCAGUGGUCCCAUACUCAUCUACCCCAUGAACAAGAACAAGUGGGACGAGAGGAGUUCAGUAGUGACGCCAGAAGAGGAAGUUUUUUACUUAGUGGGAUUUCUGAGGUCGGCAUUGACAAAUGGUGACGAGACACAAACAUUAGAUUACCUCAGCAAUCAAAACUACGAAAUAUUGAAGUUUUGUGAAGAUGCAAAGAUCAAAAUCAAACAAUACCUGCCUCAUUACACAACACAAAGAGAAUGGAGGGACCAUUUUGGAGAUAAAUAUUGGACCAGAUUUCAGCAAAGGAAAUUAGAGUUUGACCCAAGACAUAUUUUAGCCACCGGCCAACGUAUUUUCAUGCCUUCUUUUAAUCCUAAUAUUGCCUCUUGGUGACGCAUGCCAUAGUGUGUUUUGAGAUAUUAAUUAGGAUUAAUUAGGACUAUGAUCAAAUUUAAUUAGUGAUAGAUUGAUAGGAUGUCUAAUAUAUUUGUUGUACAUAUCAAGGGGAAAAAGGAACAAGAAUUAAUUCACUUAAUUAUUUAGUAAAGAGAAGCAUGGUUCCGCUUGGGUUACAAA